UCUCUGCACUUGUACUAGUUGUUUUAAGUUGUUAUCUCUUCCUGAUUUUUUGAUAUUCCGUAAACAGAUUAGUUGCUUAAAAUCCCUUAUCCUAACUGAAUCAUGAUCACGAUGAGAUUUCCUUCAUUUGCGGCAUUUUGUUCAGGGUGUGACCCUUCCUUCCACUUAUUAAUAAGAGCUUUGUUGCAUACCUUUUUCACAUCCCUUCCCCGAACUCCUUUUUCAAGAGCAUGGAAAAGAGCUAGCAAACUUCAUUCAUAUUCACCUUAUCUUCUCUCUCUUCUCCUUUUAACUGCAUUCUCUUUUCAUUAAAGAGGACUCAACCUGUCACCUUUAAAGCAAAUAAUAUCUUGGUGAAAGCUUAGCUUAGCACAAUGUGGACUGGAAAGCAUUCAAUUUUCCUCUUACUCUCCUUCAUUCUCUUUUAUGUGUUCCAUGCACCUGCUUUUGCGAUCAAAAAGUCUUACAUAGUGUACAUGGGAUCUCAUAACCAUGGUGAAGGAGCCACAGAUGCUGAUUUUCAUCGAGUUACACAAACUCAUCAUGAAUUCCUUCAAUCCUAUGUAGGAAGUAAUGAGAAAGCAAAAGAGUCAAUAAUAUAUUCUUACACAAGGCAUAUCAAUGGCUUUGCUGUCAUGCUGGAAGAGGAAGAGGCCGCGGAGAUUGCAAAGCAUCCAGACGUUGUGUCAGUUUUCUUAAACAAAGGAAGAAAAUUGCAUACUACUCAUUCGUGGCAAUUCAUGGAGCUGGAACGGAAUAAUGGGGUGAUUCCCCCUGAUUCCCUGUUUAGAAAAGCCAGAUAUGGUGAAGAUACUAUUGUUGCGCAUCUUGACACUGGUGUAUGGCCAGAAUCUCCGAGCUUUAGAGAUGAGGGGAUGGGACCCAUACCAUCAAGGUGGAAAGGAACUUGUCAACAUGAUAUCACCGGCUUCCGUUGCAACAGGAAGCUGAUAGGAGCAAGGUUCUUCAACAAAGGUUACAUUGCCUUUGCGGGAGCCGCAAAAGUCAACAGCUCAGUCAACACAGCACGAGACUAUGAGGGCCAUGGAUCUCACACACUCUCAACAAUAGGAGGAAACUUCGUUCCUGGUGCAAAUGUAUUUGGGUAUGGUAAUGGAACUGCUGAAGGUGGUUCUCCUAGGGCCAGGGUUGUUACUUACAAGGUGUGCUGGCCAGAAAUUGAUGGUAAUGAGUGCUUUGAUGCUGACAUCAUGGCAGCCUUUGACAUGGCCAUACAUGAUGGGGUUGAUGUUCUUUCUCUCUCUCUUGGAGGGAGUCCUGCGGAUUACUUUGAUGAUGGCCUUGCAAUUGGGGCCUUUCAUGCUAACAUGAGGGGCAUCCCUGUCAUAUGCUCUGCUGGAAAUUCGGGACCAACACCUGGCACUGUUUCAAAUGUUGCACCUUGGAUAUUAACAGUUGGUGCAAGCACCUUGGACAGAAAGUUUGACACUGUUGUUGAACUCCACAAUGGAAAGAGCUUCAAGGGAGCAAGCCUUUCUAGACCUUUGCCAGAACACAAGCUUUAUCCUCUCAUCAAUUCUGCAGAUGCAAAGUUGGCUCAUGAAUCAAUUGAAAACGCUACUCUCUGUUUGCGAGGAACAAUUGACCCUGAGAAGGUGAAGGGCAAAAUAUUGGUUUGCCUUAGAGGUAUCAUUGCAAGAGUGGAAAAGGGACUGGUUGCUUUGGAGGCUGGUGCAGCUGGGAUGAUUCUUUGUAAUGACAAGCUCAGUGGUAAUGAGCUUAUUGCUGAUCCUCAUCUUCUGCCAGCAUCACAAAUUAAUUAUGAAGAUGGUCUUGCUGUCUAUGCCUACUUGAACUCAACCAAGAAUCCUCUAGGAUAUAUUGAUCCACCCACGACCAAAUUGGGGAUAGAGCCUGCUCCAAGCAUGGCAUCUUUCUCCUCUAGAGGACCCAAUACAGUCACACCAGAGAUUCUCAAGCCUGAUGUCACUGCUCCUGGUGUGAACAUUAUUGCUGCGUACUCAGAAGGGAUUAGCCCAACAGAAAUGAGUUUUGAUAAGCGCAGGAUUCCUUUUAUCACCAUGUCUGGAACUUCCAUGUCUUGUCCUCAUGUGGCUGGAGUUGUUAGCCUUCUCAAGACUCUCCACCCUGACUGGAGUCCAGCGGCUAUUAAAUCUGCAAUAAUGACAACUACUAGGACAAGGGACAACACUGGUAAGCCAAUGCUUGAUGGGAAUUCUGAGAAGGCAACGCCAUUUGCUUAUGGGUCUGGGCACAUCAGACCAAACCGUGCCAUGGAUCCGGGGUUGGUGUAUGACUUGAACAACAAUGACUACCUAAACUUUCUUUGUGUCACUGGCUAUAACCAUACUCAGAUAAAAGCAUUCUCUGGUGCUCCUUAUCAUUGUCCUGAUGUAAUAAGAAUCCUGGAUUUCAACUACCCUUCAAUAACAAUACCAGUACUGUACGGCUCAGUUAGUUUGACACGGAGAGUGAAAAAUGUUGGGUCACCAGGCACUUACAUCGCAAGGCUUAAAGCACCAGAAGGUGUUUCCGUAAUUGUGGAGCCUGGAAAGUUGAAAUUUGACAAAAUUGGUGAAGAGAAGAGCUAUAAGUUGACAGUGGAAGUAGAGAGACCAGGUGUGGGAACAUCAUUUGGAAGAAUAACUUGGUCCGAUGGCAGACAUGAAGUGAUGAGUCCAAUUGUGGUUGGGGGAGUUAGAGGGUAGAUCCAUGAUCCAUCAACUAAUAACAGAUAAAUUAGGAUGACAUCUUUUUUUGUUUUUCUCAUUUCCCGCUUUUAUUCUUUUCGGUUUAUAUUAUUAGGGAGAUUAGCAAAAGGAAAAUGCAUAACCUGGGAUUGGAUUCUUGCCUCUAUCAUUUUCUACUGAUUAGUUUACUCUCACUAGGAAGAACUGCAAUUUGUGAAUUUGAGGACAAAAUAAAUUUAGUAUUAGAUAAAUGUUUAUUUA